AAUAUCAUUUCAUCGAGGCUUCAAAGAGUUUCAGACACAGAGACGAGAGAAAGAGAAAGGAACAAUUAUCUUAAUUAAUUCUACCAGAUCGUUUAACGGUGAAGCGGAAUAACUAGAUGGCAAGCCGAGCGCAAAAAUUCCCUCAGCAUUUAGAUCCACCCUCACCUCUCCCAGUAAAUUAAUCAAGCACCAGUUCUCAUCCAUUUUCUCCGCAAAUGCUCGUCUGAUCUGAUCCGAUCUGCGAAACCCUAAGAAAAGAAUUCAGAAGAGGAAAACAGAGUAAGAGAAAGCAUGUCAGGGGCAGUGUCGGCACUGUUCCUCUUGGACAUCAAAGGCCGCGUGCUGAUUUGGCGCGACUACCGCGGCGACGUCUCCGCCUUACAGGCCGAGCGCUUCUUCACCAAGCUCAUCGAGAAGGGUGAUCCAGAGACGCAAGAUCCAGUGGUGUUGGAUAAUGGUGUAACCUACUUGUUUAUACAGCACAACAAUGUGUACCUGAUGACGGCAUCGAGGCAGAACUGUAAUGCUGCAAGCCUUCUUUUCUUUCUGCACCGCGUAGUUGAUGUGUUUAAGCAUUAUUUUGAAGAGUUAGAAGAGGAAUCGCUCAGGGACAACUUUGUCGUAGUGUACGAGUUACUUGAUGAGAUUAUGGACUUUGGUUACCCUCAGUAUACGGAGGCAAAGAUUCUUAGUGAAUUCAUCAAGACCGACGCUUACAGGAUGGAAGUUACGCAGAGGCCUCCCAUGGCUGUAACAAAUGCAGUGUCUUGGCGCAGUGAAGGGGUACAAUACAAGAAGAAUGAAGUUUUCUUGGAUGUGGUGGAGAGUGUUAAUAUACUUGUCAACAGCAAUGGACAAAUAAUUAGGUCUGAUGUUGUUGGGGCAUUGAAGAUGAGAACUUAUUUGAGUGGCAUGCCUGAGUGUAAGCUUGGCCUAAAUGAUCGAGUAUUAUUGGAGGCACAAGGUCGAGCAACCAAAGGAAAGGCCAUUGAUUUGGAAGACAUCAAAUUUCAUCAGUGUGUGCGUUUGGCCCGAUUUGAAAAUGAUCGGACAAUAUCCUUUAUACCACCUGAUGGAGCUUUCGAUCUCAUGACAUAUAGACUUAGUACUCAGGUAAAGCCUUUGAUUUGGGUGGAAGCUCAAGUUGAACGGCAUUCAAAAAGUCGUAUUGAGAUCAUGGUAAAAGCUAGGAGCCAGUUCAAGGAGCGCAGCACUGCCACAAAUGUUGAGAUUGAGUUGCCUGUGCUAGCAGAUGCUACAAACCCAAAUGUUCGUACAUCAAUGGGGUCUGCAUCAUAUGCACCUGAAAAGGAUGCGAUGGUCUGGAAAAUUAGAUCAUUUCCAGGUGGCAAGGAGUAUAUGUUGAGGGCAGAGUUUCGUCUUCCAAGUAUAACGGCAGAAGAAGCAGCUCCUGAGAGAAAAGCUCCUAUACGUGUGAAGUUUGAGAUACCAUAUUUUACUGUUUCUGGAAUACAGGUUCGUUACUUGAAGAUUAUUGAGAAAAGUGGAUAUCAAGCUCUUCCAUGGGUGAGGUACAUUACAAUGGCUGGUGAAUAUGAACUUCGGCUUAUUUGAAAAGCUCCACAUGUCGGUGUUCCUAUCCCAACCAUAUAAAUUUGUUCAACGAUACAUUACUCGGUGGAUAAACCAUGUAGUCUUAUCAAAGUUCAGUACCCUGGAUUGAUGGCUAUCGAGUAUAAUCUCUUGUUUUUUACCCCCUGGCAUUAUUUUUGGUUUGUGUAUCAUUAAUCAUUUUAACAGGAUUAUUAGUUGAUGGUCAUCCGGAAGUGCAUUUUAUUGUCCUUUUAUUUUGUUUGGAAUUAAGUAGAACAUAUUGUAACUUAAAUGUUUUCUUGUGGAUCUUUUAUUCAAAUCUGUAUUGGUUGAGAAAAUUUGCGAUCAAUUUUAUCGCUUAUAA